AUGCCUAAAGUUCUCAUCCUCGGCGCAACAGGCUAUCUUGGUCGCCAAAUUGCCAAUCUCCUCGUCCAGAGUGGACAACAUACCGUCUACGGUGUGACGCGCACCACCGCCAAAGCAAAGCAGAUGGCCAGAGAAGAGAUCAUCCCGAUGGUGUGCGCGGACCCGAUAAAUCAACCGGACCCAUAUCUUGAGAUCAUUCGCUCCAAGCACAUAGACGUGGUCGUGGACGUAGCUGGUGCCGAUGCUGGCUCGCACAAGUUCCUCGCCGAUGUGGUUUCAGUGGGCAAGGAGCGCAAUUAUGAAUCAUUGACCCGACAUAUGCCGUGCUCGAAGAUAGGAUACAUAUAUUGCUCCGGUACAUGGGUUCAUGGCUCAUCUAAUGAGCCUGUGAACGAUCUUGACAUCGUGGGUCAAGGAGCAAACACGCCCCCAGAGGAAUUGGUUGCCUGGCGAGUCGGAAUGGAACAGGCCGUUCUUCGGGCGAAGGACGUCCUCGAUGUUAUGGUCCUGCGACCCGCUCUCAUCUACGGCCGCGAAAGCACUAUUUGGGCGUCCUACAUUACUCCGGUUCUGGAAGCCGCGACGAAGACCACCAAGACGGUGGAAAUCCCACUAGAUGCUGAUUCACGACCCGGCCUCAUCCACGUCGACGACACGGCAAAGGCUUUCGUUCAAGCAAUCGAGAAAGUGCACCUUUUUCCAGGUACGGGAGUAUACCCCGUCUUUGAUCUGGUGACCAGUCAAGAAAGCAUGCGGGACAUUUUCAAUGCCUUGGCUUCCACUUGGGGGUUUACGGGUACGGUGGAGCUGAAAGGACAUGGAGGAGAUUUAUUUUCCAAAGCGAUGAGCACUAGUUUCCGAGGAUCUUCUGCGAGGGCCAAGCAGCUGUUGGGCUGGCAGCCAUCGAGGUUGAAAGGGUUUGUGCAAGAUAUGGAUAUUUAUGCCGCUGCAUUUGUUGCAGAGCACAUUGACUAA